AGUUUGCUUGGCUGUAAAUCAUAAUCUUGCUAAUUAGACUCUGGAAAAGCUAUGGACAACUACAGAAUACUGAAAAAGAUUGGUAGCGGCAGCUUUGCUAAAGUCUACACUGCUCUUGACAAGACUACAAAUGAAAAGGUCGCUCUUAAAGUGAUCAACAAGGCCAACAUCUCAUCUGGAAAGCUUCGAGAGAGGCUGGAACGAGAAAUAGAGAACAUGAAAACUCUUAAGCACAAACACAUCGUCUCUUAUUAUGACAGUUUCGAAACAGAGAAAGAAAUGUGUAUCGCUAUGGAAUAUGUAUCUGGUGGCGAGCUAUUUGACUACAUUGCAGAGAAGCAAGGGCUAGGCGAAACAGAAGCAAGGCGCUUGUUCUCACAGAUUGCUUGUGCUGUCCACCACUGUCACUUGAACAAUAUAUCUCACCGUGACCUUAAACUCGAGAACAUUCUCCUGACGGAAUCAAAGCAAGCCAAAGUCAUCGACUUUGGAUUCUCAAAAGAGACUCAUCCCAACGCAAUGACUGCAACGUAUUGUGGCAGUGCACUGUACGCUUCACCAGAAAUGAUCAUUGGAAAGCCAUACCAGGGACCAGAGUGUGAUGUAUGGAGCUUAGGAAUCAUCCUGUUUGGCAUGUUAACCGCAUGCAUGCCAUUCGAUGACUCUAACUGGGGCAGCUUCAUAACUAGCAUCAGCCGAUCAGACUAUCCUGAACCACCAAACACAUCACAAAAUGCUAAACACCUCAUUUCAAGGAUGCUUGAUCCAUGUGCAGCUACUCGUGCAACUAUCAGUGAAGUACUCAGUCAUCCAUGGCUCAACCCAGCUCCAAGGAAAAGCUCACUUCAGUUACCACCACUGGCCAGGAGACGACAGGGCAUCUCUCACUCCAAAAGCAUUGCAUUGGAAAUCACUAAGAGCAUCAUGACUGAAGCUGGACUAUCAUGCACCUGUGACUGCCACUCCAGAAGUGAAAUGCGUGAUUCAGCUAUAAGACUUCACUGCGAGAGUUGUGAACCAAUGAGUCCAACUGAAGGAAAAAGCAGACCACUGGACAACAGUUCUUCAACAAUGCAGAGCACUACCAGCUUAUGCAGUAGCGGAUAUUCAUCUAGUACAGAGUCGCUAGUCACUUCACCUCCUGCUCUAACUCAAUCAUCAUAUACCAAACCUGUUCCUGCUAACAGUGAACUUGUUGAUAUUGUUUUUGUAUAAUAACUUUCGUAUGCAUGAAAUUCACUCUCACACACACACAAAUAAUUAUGCACUAAGAACAUAUCACCAUCUAUUACUAAUAUCACUUUUUUAUCACAUUCUGACUGGUAUUUUUUAUGUUGUUUUUUGUGUACCUCCAUUGUUCUGUACAAAUUUAUUGUGUGAACAAUAAUUGUUAAUUCUAACACAA